AUGCGAAUUCGAGGUAACAGUGAAUGUGCCUGUGCCAUCGCAUCGUUGGUCGGGCUGGCCCUGUCGCUGUAUGCGUUGCACGUUGAGCGCGAGCUGGAGAGCGAUGCCAGUUAUCGGCCGAUGUGCGACAUUGCUUCCUACGUUAGCUGCUCCAAGGCUUUCCGGUCAUCGUUCGCCCGCGGUCUCGGCGUAGCACCGGCCGUCCUUGGGCCGGAUCAUCCGUUGACACAGGCUCGCUGGGCUACCAAUCUUUCGGUGGCACUUUCCAUCUUCAUGAAUAUUCUCUCCGUCUAUCUUUUCGGGGUGCUCGUUUACUUGCAAACUGUUUGUGUGGUUUGCGUUUCCAUCUACAUUGUUAAUGCCGUGCUGCUGUACUUUUCGUUCCGCAAACUCCGUUCCCAGCCACAGCCAAGUUUAGCAGCAUCCCGAAAGAAACAGUGA